AUGUCGGGAAAGUACGUCUUCACCAAGGGUCUGAAAGAGCUCCGCUUUCUCUUCUGCCAAACCUCCGAGCAGAGCGCUCCCACAAGAACUUUUAUCAACCGUGCCUACCCUACCAUGAAGAAGCACAACCCUCACACUCCCAUCAUGAUUCGCGAGGCCUCUGGCACCGAGCCUCGAGUUUAUGCCCGCUAUGACCUUGGAAAGGAGAAGUCCGAAGCCCUGGCUGGCCUGUCGGAUGCACAGAUCGAAGAGCGUAUCACCAACCUUGUGAAGCAGAGCUCAUAA